AUUAGUAAUACAACAAUCACUCUAAUCUAAGUAAAGUCUGACAGAAGUUGACUGCAUAUGUUCUGAACCUAUCUAUCUGCUGGCUGUCAUAUGUGUUGGCUCAGUCUCUGAUGUCACUGAAUGAGCAGUGCGGGCUUCCAGUGCGCACCUUCGGGCGCGCAGCGGUGGCACAGCCUGUGAAUUGUCCUCCUCCUGCACACUCUGCAUAGAAACCUGCCCUUUCAGCUCAUAUUUUUCUGCAUCCGAUUUUCUGGUCGAGAGUCCUCAUAGCUCCUCCUAAUCAACCUUGGUUUCUUUGAAAGGAGCUUUUUUGAGAGGAAGGAAAGGACUAAAAAGAGGCGAUUCACUUGUUUCGGGUGGUGAGUUUGCGCCCAGUAGCAGCAGCAGCAGAAGAAGAAGAAGAAAAAGAAAAAGGAGAGCCAGUGUUCAGCACCAUGGAGAGCGGCGUGGUGCACAUUUUCAAAGAGGACCGCUGUCCCUUGGGCCAGCCGGGCCAGUGCGUCCCGAACUUCACCUGGCAGCCCGGCUUGUCGGACAUCUUCAACUACACCCCCAACGGCACCUGGGACGCGGAACCUGAGCCGAUGUCACCCAUCAUCCCCAUCAUAGUCGCCGUUUACUCUGUGGUGUUUGUGGUGGGCUUGGUGGGCAACUGUUUGGUGAUGUAUGUCAUCAUUAGAUACACCAAAAUGAAAACAGCCACCAACAUCUACAUCUUCAACCUGGCGGUUGCCGACGCCCUGGUUACCACCACCAUGCCCUUCCAGAGCACCGACUACCUCCUCAGUUCCUGGCCAUUUGGCGAGGUGGCAUGCAAAGUCUUCAUCUCCAUCGACUACUACAACAUGUUCACCAGUAUCUUCACCCUGACGAUGAUGAGCGUGGACCGCUACAUUGCUGUGUGUCACCCGGUCAAGGCUCUGGAUUUCCGCACGCCAGUGAAGGCGAAGAUCAUCAAUGUGAUCAUCUGGGUUCUGUCCUCGGCUGCUGGGAUUCCUGCCAUGGUCCUCGGCAGCACCAACACCAACAACGGAACCACAGAAUGCGCKUUACAGUUCCCUGAUCCCUACACCUACUGGGACACCCUGAUGAAGAUAUGCGUUUUCAUCUUCGCCUUUGUGGCGCCCCUCAUCAUCAUCACCGUCUGCUACACCCUGAUGGUGCUGCGGCUGAAGAGCGUGCGCCUCCUGUCCGGCUCACGCGAGAAAGACCGCAACCUUCGACGGAUCACCCGUCUGGUUCUGGUGGUGGUCGCGGUGUUUGUGGUGUGCUGGACCCCCAUCCACAUCUUCAUCCUGGUYAAAGCGUUGUCAGCCAACGUGCCCGAGACCACCGCUGUCAUGGCUGCCUACUUCUUCUGCGUGGCGCUGGGCUACACCAACAGCAGCCUCAACCCCAUCCUUUAUGCGUUCCUGGAYGARAACUUUAAGAGGUGCUUCAGAGACUUCUGCUGCCCYGGGGGACGGGGUCACGGUGACUGUCAYGGGGUGAGCAGAGUGAGGAGCACGCUUCGGGACCACACCUGYGCCACCGAAGGGAGGGGUGAUGGGAGACAAGCCAGGCCCGUAUGACUAGCCAUGAACAUGUCCUCCAGGCCGUACCAGAGCUGGGAGGACUCCAUUGAUCUGUGUUUGACUCAAAUCACUACCACGAUCUGAGAAGUAGUAUCAGUAUUGGUUAAUAAAUCUCAUGAAAAGACCAAAACCAAGAAUGAUUUGACCCCACUUCGUCUCUAAAAUAUUGCAGUUCUUUCUUAAGUUGGUUUUAGGAAAGAGACUGAAUGACAGCAACGUCUCUGCAUUUUUAUUUAUUUUUUUAUUUUACUUUUUUUUCCAACAGAUUAGGUAUGCAUUCAAUUUAUAUCAAAAUGUGAUAUUUUGAUCCUCUCAUGAAGGCAGAAUUUGAACUUGUGGAAGCAACCUCAACCUGCAAAUCCAACAUGUCUGAAAAUCACAGUCUAUUAAUUUGCAUUGAAAAAAAUCCAAUCCAAUUAGCAACAAGGGACAGUAGUAUUUUAACUCUGGUAGUGAAAUUAUUACUGCGUUACAAAAAAUCAUCAAAACUUCUCUUGCAUUGUGUAUGUCUGAGUUUAAACAGCUCAUUGAACUUAGCCUGGUCCCUGAGCACAAUCCACCUGGUUUUAUGUUUGCAAGUUAACGGUAACGGCAGCUUCUGUGUGGCAUUACGCUUUCAGAGUGGCAAAAUCGGGAAUAUUAGGGAAGAUAUUGGGACAGUCACAAGGUUAAAAGAAACCCAAAAAGAUUAUUGCCAAUGGUAACAAAUUUAAACUGCAAUUUAAAUGUUAUGGAAAGACUCCAUAAUGAGRUUAUGUAAUCAGCCUUCCUUUUACAUGAAUCAACUAAUAAUUAUUUGUCCGUUGGAGACUCUUACAAUAUGCCUAAUAAGCAUCAAAUUUUUAAUCCCAAGAUGGUCAAGCAAUUAAUAAGUAUGAAAGAAACAAGCCAGUAACUACAUAUUUUACACCCUUCAUCCCAAUAUGCAUGCCCUGUACAAAACAGGGGCACUUGGAAAAUCGUUACUCACUUCCCAGACAUGCAGAACUCAGUUUUUCACUUCGUAUUUAGAUGAACAUAAGUGUUGCUAUUUUUGCUAACGAAUGUGGGAAAAAAAGAAAAAA